UACAAGACUGGGAAGGAGGUGGAGGCUGCAGGGUUGACCAAGGAUAGCGAGGACAGAGCUAUGCAACACGUAGCAGCGCAGACGGCUUACAGGCUCGAAGACUUCGAUCGCGCCGCUCAGCUCUACGCAACCCUCUCCUCCGGCCGCGCCCUCGUCCCUAACGAGGACGUGGACCUCAAAGUUAACCACCGCGCCGCCGUUGCGCAAUCCCUCUGGUCCAUUGGCUCAGCCGUCGCACCCUCUAACAGUAACGAUAACCCGAUUUACGAAGCCGCUUACAAUACCGCAUGUAUCAAGAUCGCCCAAGGAGAGUACGCCGAGGCAAAGACAUUGCUGGAACAUGCUGCUAGGGAAUGUGAGGGAAUGGAGGGCUGGGCACAAGCUGAUUUGGAUGCGGAGUUGGCGCCGAUCUUGGUGCAGUUGGCGUAUGUGCACCAGAAAUUGGGACAGAUUCCGCAGGCGAAGGAGUUGUAUGAGCAAGUAUUGGAGAAGGAUGGGUUGGAUUCGUCGGUUAAGGCUGUCGCGAGGCAUAAUAGCGUCACGAUCGACGAACCCCGGAACCCGUACUUGAGUGCACGUAUGGUUGCGGGUACGAAGGCAAAGGACGUCGCGUCCCGGUUGUUUGCGUUCCAGACUCAGGUCAUUACCAGAAAUCAGGCUAUUUCCGAGUUGCAGGCUGGGAAGUACAAGGCGGCACGUUCUCUUGCUGCGCGGUCACCCGAUGAUUUGACGCUCUCCCUCGUUGCUGCCGCUGCCAUCGCUGCCGAGGCCGGUGGUGACUCAAAGAAGUUCAACCAGGAAGUCGAGAAGGUCCUCGAGAAGCAGCCUACUAAUACAGCCUUGGUCCUCGCGCUCGUACAGAACAAGAUGCAGAAGGCGGAUACGCAUGGUGCGGUACAAGCAAUGGAGAAGCUCUUCGCUGCUUUUGCAGAUAAGCCGGCACAGAAGUACAAGCCCGGGUUGGUUGGGUUGAUGGUUAAGUUGUACGAGUUGCAGGGACGCCGUGAGAAGAUUCUGGAGGUGCUUGCGAGUGCUGCGGAAUACUGGAAGGCUCAGCCGGAGUCUGCCGCAUGCGCAUCUAUCUCCCGAGCGAACGCAUUGGCAAAGUUGACCCUUUCUGGUUCAGAUGCGGAUAUCCAGUCUGCCGCCGAUGAUUUCGAGGCAUUGGUCAAGAGGGACCCAACUGAUCAACAAGCCCUCGCCGGUUUGGUGGCUGCUUACUCCUCCUUCAACCCCGACGCCGCAACACAAUACGCCGAACAACUAACUCCCAUCGAAGACCUCGUCGCCGGCAUCGACGUCGACGCCCUCGAAGCAGCCGGUGUAGCCACCCAAGCCCCUCCCACCAAGAAGCGUACCGCCCCCUCCGAACCCACCACCACCAAACCCAAGAAAUCCCGGAGAAAACCGCUGUUGCCGAAGAAUGUGGUGGAAGGGCAACAACCAGAUCCGGAACGGUGGAUACCCCUCCGUGACCGCUCGACAUACAAACCCCCCAAGAACGCGAAGGAUAAGAAGGG